AUUGACAGUUGAUACCGCUGUCACCGCGCUGAUCAACGAGGCGGGUUACCCAAGUUCACUGAGAAGGUGAACAGACAGACAGCCUAUUAUCUCUUUCUCUAGAGUGUAAUCUAACUCAGGGAAAACUAACACAAAAGUGUCUGAAAUGUAGGUAAUUUAUAUAUAUGUUUCUAAAUCUUAAAGACACAAUGUAGCUUUAUCAGCAAAACGUGACAAUUCGAGUAGGAGUGGACCUUGGUCAUGAAAAGAACAUUCUAGAAAGAUAAAUUCGCGUCAUUGGGCAGUAAAGUGAGGGAUUGACAGAACCUUAGCCAAUCGCAAGUGCUAACUGCAGCGCUAGACGUACUGUGAUUGGCCUAAACGCAAUGCAUAGUCAGGACUCCGGGCCCUGCCUGUGCCUGCCCCCUUGUGUUUUUGUGCAGAAUAAGUCAAAGCAGCUCCUGUUUGCAGCUCUCCGGAAUCAGUCAAAAUGCCGGUAGAUUUAAGCCAGUGGACAGGGAAUCUUGCCCUAACAGAGGUGGAUGAGAAGCCUGCACAGACCCUCCAUGUCAAGUAUGGCUCUCUUGAAAUCGACGAGUUGGGCAAAGUGCUCACGCCAACACAGGUGCAGAGCCGUCCCACCUCUAUAGGGUGGGAGGGGUGUGACUCCACAAAGCUGUACACCCUGGCCAUGACUGAUCCCGACGCACCCAGCAGGAAAGACCCCAAAUUUGGGGAGUGGCAUCAUUUUCUGGUGGUGAACAUGAAGGGAAACGAUGUAUCCAGUGGAUGUGUCAUGUCCGACUACGUUGGGUCUGGCCCUCCAAAAGGCACCGGUCUCCACAGGUAUGUGUGGCUGGUCUAUGAGCAGUCAGGAAACCUCUCCUGUACGGAGCCCGUCCUCACCAACUGCUGUGGAGACAACCGCGGAAAGUUCAAGAUCCAAGAAUUCCGCCAGAAAUACGGACUGGGAGUUCCCGUGGCUGGAACCUGCUAUCAGGCAGAAUGGGAUAAUUAUGUCCCUAAACUCUAUGAGCAACUGGCUGGAAAAUAAACAAAGGAGUAUUCAGAAAUUAACAUUAUGUAGAUAACUGCAGGAUCACAAUGCCUUUUUUUUUUUUUUUUUUUUGCCACACUGAUUUAUUUUACAAUUGUAUUAUGUGAGCAAUGCCCUAGAGUUGUUCAUGCUGACUCAUUAAAGUAAUCUCUCUAUCCCCAUGCUCAAACAAAACAGCUAAUCUUGUUUGGUUUACAAUCUUUAGUCGCUGACUGUUCUCCAACACUGUUUGAAUGAGUUACUCUAUGGUUGCAUCAGUUAUUUUUGUAGACACUGGCGAUAAUAAAAAUGUGGAGUGCUCCUUUAACACAACCUGGCCCUGCAUAAACCAUUCAGUGGUGGACCUUGAAUGUGGCCAUAUUAAUAGGGAGCAUCAGCAAACUCCAAUCCAUGACUACCUGUAUACAGCAAAUCAUGGAUUUCAGUUAAAAAUCCAAUGACAGAUUAGACAGAAGUUGUGAUGAGCACUUUAUUUACAAAUAUAAUUAAAAAGCUCUGACAGAUU